UGUCAGUAUCCCGAAACCUCAAGCCAAGGAUUGACGACAAAACGUUCGAUUGUUUUGCUGCCAGGGAAACCGGGAUGAUGGUUUCAGGAUCGACCUUUCUAUCAAUAUUUGUUGCAUUUGCUGCGAAAGAUUGUUUCGGCAGCAACCACUGUCGUUCUCCGGCUUUAUGGAGUGUCGAUGCGUUCAUCACAUCGAAUCGCAUGGUCCCACUAAAUUCCCAACCCGCAGCCAAGUCCAUGCUCAAGGAACUUUACUUAGCUUCAAGAAAGCUAGAGUCUUCCGACACACCUCUAGAUGAUUUAAACAUAGCAAUUAUUGGGGCAGGACCUUCCGGCUUACUGCUGGCGCACAAGGUUGCUAGAUUGGGAGCCAAGGUAAAAAUUUUCGAAGCCCGCUCUCGUCCUCAACCCGACAGCCUAGAGCAAGGUCGAGCAUACGCUCUGGGGGUGGGCAUACGGGGGCGUACGGCCAUCCAAGCCGUUGACGACGGUCUCUGGAACGUUGUGGAACAAGCCGGUUUUGGAAGUCAACGAUUUCAACUUCAUGCCGGGCCACUAAAAAUGACUUUGCGUGACGAACAAGACAAUGUGCAGAAGUCUGUUCUUCUGUACCAGACCGAUUUGUGUCGAGUUUUGGCCGAAGAACUGGAAUCUUGCUACAAUGAGACGCAUGUUACGUUGGCUUACAGCAGCAACGUAGUUGGCGUAGACUUAGACACCAAACAAGUAAAGAUUCGUGGACUUGAUUCCAUAGAAAAGGAGACACAUUUUGACCUGAUUGUUGGAUGUGACGGAGUAAACUCCAUUGUACGUCAAGAGCUUGUCGACUUCUGUCCUGCUUUCAAGUCAGCCCGCACCGCGCUCCCUGGUGUUUUCAAAGUGGUACAACUCUCUGCCAUGCCGCCUGCUUUGGAUCCCACAGCAGUUGCUUUGAUAUUACCAAAAGCUGGUGGAGUAACAGCCUUUGUAGAGCCGACAAUCAACAACACGUGCUGCAUUCUUUUUGCUGGACGAAAUGAAACAGACCCCCUCCUUAUUUCCAAAGAUGAAACAGAGCUAUUCGAAACCAUGCAAUCCCGCUUUCCGAUUUUAAAAGGCGCCAACUUCAAGUCUGUAGCAAUUCAAAUGGCUGCAAUCGAAAAACCAUCCCAGGCGUCGAGUAUUGUUUGCAAUAUGUAUCACUUCAAUGGUACAGUAGCCUUGCUUGGGGAUGCUGCACAUGCUACAGGAGGUGUUUCUGGACAAGGAGUGAACUCGGCUCUGUGCGAUUCUGUUGCCUUGGGUGAAAGUCUGCGAGACAAUUUUGAGCAUUGGAACAAGGAGCAGUCCUUGCAAAAUGCGCUUUUGGACUAUUCUCGAAAGCAAGUUCCAGAAGGCAGGGCUUUGUAUGAUCUGUCCUUUGGGCCAACCCCACAAGGAGUUCUCCAGCGCGUAAAAUUAAUGUUGAAGAAUGCACUUGAUUUUAUUUUUCAAGGACGUUUCGGUAUUGGCGACGUUCCGUUGCAAACACUCCUAACAACAUCAACCAGAUCAUUUGCAGAUAUCCGCCGCGACAGAGAGGCGAUCUACUGCGAGCCGUUUCCGACUCAAGAAGAGUGGAACAACAAGCUCAUUGGUAAACAAUGA